UGGUUGGACAUUUCAAAGUGGAUGCAGCAUGUCCUCCAGGAGCUGAAGGAGGGAGUCAUGAGGGUCAUCUGCUCCUCUCUGGUGCUUCUCACCAUCUGCUUGGGUCACGGGGGUCGACUGGCAUCAGCUGAAGGUGUCAGCUGCCCGUCCAUACAGGUAGAAGACUGGAAGUUUCCUCAAACUGCCAGACACAACAUUACAGGUUUCAAUCUGGCGCGUCGUUUCUCCCUGCUGAAGAACAGCGAGGUCAAGAAAAUCCGAAAUCCGAGAGGGCCUGUCAUCCUUCGGCUUGGGAAAGUCCAACUCAUCCAACCUACAGAUCAAGUGUUUCCUCAUGGACUUCCAGAGGAGUUCACCCUGGUCUUCACCAUGUUGCUGAAGAAGAAAUCUUUGAAUGAUAACAUUUACCUGUUCCAGAUCUCAGAUGAGCACGGGUAUCCUCAGUUCUCACUGGACUGGAAUGGUCCAGAUGGCAACCUGGCCCUGCGGGCGAGAGGGGCCGACUCUGAAGGGCCCAUGGUGGGAUGCGUGUUCGACGGUGAGGGUGUGGAAUCCCUGAAGGACAUGCGCUGGCAUAAGGUGGCUCUGAGCCUGCAAAGUAAUGCGGCCUCCUUGCACGUGGACUGCAGCUCCAUUGAGAACAAGCCUCUGGAGCUCCGUGGUCAAUUGCCCAUCAAUGGACACACGCUGUUGGGUAUGAGGGCUACUGAUGCUGCCCCUGUGGAGAUUGACGUUCAGCAAGUGAUGGUGUAUUGUGACCCCACUCUGGCUAUCCAGGAGGCCUGCUGUGAGAUACCUGGAGCUCGGUGCCCACCAGAUGCUCCCAAGAGUCGACGAGCUGCAGAGAACCAGGUGGAGUUUGUGCCCAAUCCCUUCUCUGAGGCAAUCCUCGGAUCCAAGGAACUGGCAGAAAAAUGUGCAGGCUGUGUACUGCUCAGUGAGGAAUCGAGUGUUAUCCAAGAGGGCUAUACGGGUCAGUCAGGCCUCAAAGGAGAGAAGGGAGACCGGGGUUUGGACUGUACUGGUGCUGGAGUUCCUGGACGAUGCUUAGAAGGUGCUAAAGGAGCGAAAGGAGAGAAGGGAGAGUCGGGUCUGGCUGCCAACUGGGGGGAAGCAAUAGGAGUGAAGGGGGACAAAGGGCAGAAAGGAGAAACCGGAGCCCCCGGAAGUCCAGGCACAGAUGGUCGAGCUAAUCCUAUUUGUGUGGUGGGCCCUAAAGGACAAAAGGGUGUUCCUGGUGUAGUCGGACCAGAGGGGCUUGCAGGGGAACCAGGCCGCCCAGGCCUUCCCGGACUGCCCGGGGUUGGGAUACCAGGACCACCGGGGCCCCCUGGUGGACCUCCAGGAUCUAAAGGGGAGAAAGGGAAUUCUGGAACACCUGGUGAAGACGGAAAGCCUGGAGAACCUGGUCCGAGAGGUCCUUGGGGACCUAAAGGCGAGAAGGGAGAAUCGUGUGAGCCAUGUUCAGCGAAGUCUGGCGACACUGUGCCACAGAGCAUGCAGGGGCCUAAAGGAGAACCAGGGGCCCCAGGCAAAGGAGAACAUGGCCCACCUGGCCCUGCGGGACUGGAUGGCAAAGCAGGAGAGAAGGGGGACCCAGGAGCUGAUGGGGCCAAAGGUGAAAAGGGUGAACCAUGUUCCGGCUGCCCUACCAAUGGAGAGAUUCCAGCAGGACUUUUGAAUCUAAAGGGAGAGAAGGGAGCUUCAGGGCAGAAAGGAGAGCAGGGAGAACCAGGCCCAAGUGGCUUUGCUGGACUAAAAGGGGAAAAGGGAAUUGCGGGCAGCAGAGGAAAUGAGGGAAAAACGGGCAAACCUGGUCCAAGAGGGCCAAGUGGGAAAGAUGGAAAUAAAGGAGCCAAGGGUGAUUCUGGCCAACCUGGUUUAGGGACACCUGGUCUGAAAGGUGAAAAGGGAGACUCAUGUGGUGUGUGCCAAACCACUGUCUCUGAGAUGGGAAGUGGCCCAGCUACGAUAAAGGUCGCAGGGGAACGAGGCCCUCCAGGACCACCAGGCCCACCAGGAGAAGGAGUUGAGGGCAAACAGGGGCCACCAGGACUUCAAGGUUUCAAAGGAGAGAAAGGUGAUCAGGGUUUACAGGGAGACCCAGGUGUGUCUGGGACACCUGGAGUCCCAGGACUUCAAGGAGAGCCAGGCAGGAACGGCCUUAAUGGACUAAAAGGAGAAAAGGGAGAUGCAUGUGACAGCUGUCAAUCACUCCCUGAAGGAAACGGCAAUGUUGCUGGCUUACCAGGACCCAAGGGAGAGAGAGGAGAGCCAGGUUUGCCAGGCGAGGGCAGAGAAGGGAAACAGGGACGACCAGGCCCACCUGGUGUCCAGGGACCUCCAGGGCUCAAAGGAAGUCAGGGUGAUGCUGGGCCUGCAGGUAUUGGCCUUCCAGGACUGCAGGGUGAGCAGGGACCUAGAGGUUUUCCUGGAGCUGCUGGUCCAGAAGGACGUCAAGGACCCACAGGGCCAAUUGGACCAGCAGGACAAAGGGGUCCAAAAGGAGAGAUGGGACCACCAGGGCCACAAGGGCCAAUGGGAAUGGGACAAAUCGGACCUCCGGGUAGGGAUGGUACGACAGGAUCGCCUGGAAUACCAGGGCAGGAUGGGAGUCCUGGAGUCACUGGGCCUAAGGGUGACAAGGGUGAACCAGGAGAGUGCAACUGUUUGCAAUAUACGUCCCCUGGAACUGGCGGACCUGGGGUCCCAGGUGGUGAGAGCAGGUGGCAGCCCGGUCCUCAGGGUCCUCCUGGACCACCAGGCCCUCCAGGUCCCCCAGGGCCGCAGGGCUUCGUAGGAAUCCCAGGCCCACAGGGUAUCCCUGGCAACGAUGGCGUACCAGGGAAACCGGGUCCCCCCGGCCAAGCACCUCCUGUUCCUCUGCCUCAGGAUUCAGCUUCCACAGACAAGGAGGGCUGUGGCGAAUGCUCCAAGGGCCUACCAGGUGUGCCCGGCAUGGUGGGCUCUAAGGGCGAGAAGGGAGAUCAGGGCAGGCCUGGCGCUGUGCCCUUAGAAGGAUGUGAACGGUGUUUUCAGUCGGUGCAGAGAGAGGAAACACCAAGCGGGCCUACAGGUAACAGCGGUCAGUGUGUUGGUGCACCAGGGAUUCCCGGAUACCCAGGAACCCCAGGAGCCAAAGGAGAACCGGGUCCCAGAGGUGAGCGAGGACCCCCUGGUCUUGUUGGAACCCCGGGCAAUAUUGGUUUCCCUGGUGCUCAAGGACCCCCUGGCCUGACUGGUCAACAAGGUCAGAGAGGCACAGAUGGGCUUCCAGGACAGAAAGGUGAACAGGGUUCACCAGGAAAUCCUGGCUAUCCUGGCACUAUGGGACCACCUGGACUCCCUGGACUUAAAGGAGAGCGUGGCAGUCCAGGCACUGUGGGGCAGAAAGGAGAAUCAGGUCCACCGGGAUCUCCAGGUUAUCAAGGACCGGCUGGCCCAGCAGGUCCUAAAGGGGAAGCUGGAACAUCAGGACCCGUGGGACCAAAGGGAGAUCAGGGCUUCCAAGGAUCCCAAGGAUUCCCAGGACAACAGGGUCCUCCAGGUUUUCCGGGAAAAGCAGGUCCUCCGGGCCCACCAGGACCACAGGCUGAGAAAGGUACUGCUGGAGCUCAGGGCUCACAGGGACCCACAGGUCCCCCAGGAUCACCCGGGUCCCCAGGCAUGCCUGGACCACCUGGAAUGGAAGGACUAGAUGGCAAAGAUGGAAAACCAGGUUUAAGGGGUGAACCAGGACCAGCUGGCCCUGCCGGACCCAGGGGAAUACCGGGUUUCAAGGGCAUCAAAGGGCACACAGGUCUCCCAGGAAUGAAAGGAGAUAGAGGACCUCAGGGACCAGCUGGAGCAACAGGAAGGCCUGGUCUAGAGGGUGAUCCUGGUUCUCCUGGACCUCAAGGACCACCUGGAGCUCCAGGACAUGUGGGUGCUGCCGGAUCUUCAGGGCCACCGGGACCAGUUGGGGCACCUGGAGUGGGCAUUAAGGGAGAAAAAGGUGAGGCGGGAGAGAGAGGACUGGCUGGAUUACCUGGUCCACCAGGGAUGCCAGGUCAUCCAGGGCAGAUGGGUGAACCAGGAAGUGAUGGAGCGGCGGGUAAAGACGGAGCCCCAGGCCUGCCAGGAGAACCUGGUCUUCAGGGACCGAAGGGUGAAGCAGGGGCUGCAGGGCAAAGGGGACCCCCCGGAGAGCGCGGCCGUCCCGGCCCACCAGGCGGAGGCUUUGGUUUUGGCUCAAAAGGACCAGAAGGGAUCAUAGGACCAGCCGGACCCCGUGGCGAAAGAGGAAGCCCCGGUUCACCUGGACCAGCUGGUUCCCCCGGAACACCAGGAAUCCCAGGCAAUGAUGCUGUUGUAAACUAUGAUGACUUAAAAUCCUUCAUCAGACAGCAGGUCAUAAAGAUCUUUGACGAGCGCAUGGGCUACUACAUGUCACGAAUGCAGAUGCCUGUGGAGAUGGUUUCAUCCCCUGGCCGACCAGGACCCCCAGGGAAAGAUGGAAAUCCAGGCAUCCAAGGUCCCCCGGGGAUGCCGGGCCGCCCUGGGCAGAUCGGCCGUGAAGGAAGGCAGGGACCCAUGGGUCCACAUGGUACUCCUGGUGUAAAGGGAGAGAAAGGAGAUAAGGGUGUAGGAGAGAUGGGAGACAGUGGCCCUCCGGGUGCUCCAGGUGUUCCUGGUCCUCCUGGUUAUGGUAAGAUGGGACCACCAGGUCCUUCAGGUCAGCAGGGCAUUCCCGGAAUUCCUGGACCUCCAGGACCCUCUGGACAGAAGGGCAAGGAUGGCCGUUGUCACCCGUCAGACUGCAUGAGUAUGCCUGUGGAGUACAAUCCCAAGGGCCCGUCUCCCAAAGGUCCCAUGUACUAGAAGAUGGUUUAAGAGAAAUAAAAGAUGGAGGAUGGUACCCCAAGAUUGACAUUCUCACAAUUACCUACCUGUACCUGCUAAGGCUUCUGAGAAGAUCCAUGGAGAACCAAAGGAUUAAUGUGCAUUUCCUUUCCACAUGAUGCAAUGCCAAAACACUGGUUCACCGCGAAUGGGGGACAUUUGUAAGUUAUUGUCUGCUGUUGAACCAGUGAAGACAUCCCAAACUUGAGUGCCUUAACCCCUGGAAACUGUCCCAUAAUGCCACGCUUGCAUCAUAAACUGUUUUUAUGCUUUAUUGUUACAGUAAAUUGAAGACUUUUAGUUCCCUGGACAAAUAAGGUGUUGAAAGUCAUUAUCGGUGCCCUGAUUUAUUCAUCAUUCAACUUUUUCAUUUCUUUACUAGCCCCCACAAGAGAUAUUGGUUGUCUUUUGACACUUCACAUCAGUCUUCAAGGCCCUUUAUUAUAUUUUAAAGCAAUAUUCUGAGUUAAAUACAAGUUAAAAUCAUCUAUGGCAUAUUGAAGCUUGUUUCUGCCAUGAAAUAAAAAAAUUGUGACUUUUUAUCUCACAGUUCUGACUUUUUUUCUCUGAAUUGCGAGAUAUAAACUCUCAAUUGCGUGAUAUAAAGUCAAAACUGCGUGAUAUAAAGUCAGAAUUGUGAGUUAUAAAGUCAAAAUUGUGAGAUAUAAACUCGCAAUUGUGUGUUAUAAUGUGCAGUUGUGAGGAAAAAGAGACAUUCUGACUUUUUUUUCUCAGAAUUGCAAGUUUAUGUCUCGUAAUUCUGAAUUUAUAAGACUUAAUGGUGCAUUUGAUGCAGUUCUGACUUUAUAACUCACAAUUGUGAGUUUAUAUCUCGCAAUUCUGAGAAAAAAGUCAGAAUUGUGAGAUAAAAAGUCACCAUUACCUUUUUUAUUUUUUUAUUUAGUGGCGGAUACAAGUUUCCAUAAUGCCAUGCUGUUGAUUACUGCAGGGAUUAUUUUGACUCAUAUACUGCUUGUGAAACUUUUUUUUUUUUUUUUUUUUCGUAACAAAAUGAGGUAUGAAUCACAAUGUUUUUCUGUAGAAAUCGACAUCAUGCCAAAGAUGCUGUUGAUAUGGCUUGUAUUGAAUCUGGAAUAUUCCUUUAAUAAUGUUUUUGUGAGGGGGUCGUUUUGGCAGCUGCUAAUUUUGUUAUUUUACUGCUUUGGCAAAGACAAUGUGGCAUAAAUAUCCAUCUGUUUCAAAUGAAUAAUUCCUUCCAUAGUGUGAGCCAUUUAAUAUAAAGUAGUUUGAUGUUAUCAUUAGAGGCAUAGAUACAAUUGCCCUAAUUAAUUAUGUUAAUUAUUCAAAAUGAACUUCCCCAAGGGCUUGUGUUGUACAUAUUCAUAUUUAUAUGUAAUGGCUUUUUGUACUUUUUAAAAAAUUGACAUCAGCAUGGCAGCCCUUUUUAUUGUCGUCUCAGAUAUUUUGGAAUAAUUUUAUAAGCUCUAAACAAAUGGAUGUUUUGUAAAGGUAGGUUUUAUAUGCAAUUUUGGGUUAGAAAGCAAUUUUGUGACGUAUCACCGGACGGAAAGAGAUUUUAUUUUUAUAAGAGUAUUUCAGUGACACCUAUCUCUCGAUGAGCUCUGUGAUGACAUCUCCUCCUCCACCACUCUGGACUCUUAAACUUGAAUUUAUAUUGAUAUACUGUACCACUUGCAGCUGAACCAUCAUGUGCUUCUAGAACACUCUAAUCUUAAAUAUGCUUUGCUAAAACACACCAGAUCCCCAACCUUCACAGUUCAGUCAUCUCUGAAGCAAACGGCAUCUCUUAUUCUCUGCUGCGUCAGCCAGUCUGAUGCUUUUACAUUCUGCACUUUAUCACUCCCUCGGACUGUAUGCGUGUGUGAGUGUGUGUGAAGAUAGAGAGAAAGAAUCUGUAUCUAUAUUGGGAGGAUAGCUGAAAAGUUUUUAGCAGAGCCAUUUACAAUUUUCAAAUUACGCAUUUUUCAUGAAGUGAACGCUAUCCGCAUGCUAAUUUCAGAUUGGCCUUUCAAUCUUUUAUUUAUCCCAAGCUUUAAAAAAUCUCCCCCUUCAUCAUGCAACUCAUCAUAGUGCUAUUUGUAAGUCAGUCAUUUGUGUGCAAUUUUUUUUUUUUUUUAAAGAAACUUAAGAGAAGCAAUAAAAGUUCUGAAAGCA